AAAAAAACUAGCGAAAUCCACUUUCACCAACAACAAAAAAGAAAAGGAACAUUGAAACCUCAAGACCUGAUGACUAACACUUCAAAUCCAAACCCAUCAAGAAUUGUCAAAUUCAAAAGUCAUCUUCAUUUUACCUAUCGUCUAGUACUCUCACUACUUUCACAUAGACCAAUAAGAAUCGAUCAGAUUAGACCAGACGAUCAUGAACCAGGUUUAAUUGAAGCCGAAGUCUCAUUUUUACGUUUACUUGAGAAACUUACCAAUGGUACUACCGUGGAAAUCUCAUACACCGGAACCUCAGUUUUUUUCGUGCCAGGAACAUUGACUGGAGGACAAAUCACACAUCAAACCCCAUUAUCAUCUUCAAUUGGUUACUUUCUUACUCCAAUCUUAGCCUUAGGUCCAUUUUGUAAAUUCGAUCUUAAUUUAACUCUUAAAGGUAUCACCACAGUAAAUGAUGAACUUUCAGUGGAUGUUCUACGUGUAAGUGGUUUACCUACCUUAGGGAUGUGGCUUGGUGAAGAUGCAGGAAAAUUAGAAUUGAAGAUCAGUAAAAGAGGUCAUGCUCCUGAAGGUGGAGGAGAAUGUUGUUUUAGAUGUCCAUCUGUAAAAUUCAUUAAAGCUGGAAUCAAUUUCACGGAGACUGGGAGAAUUUCAAAGAUUAGAGGUAUUGCACACUCUGUUCGAGUAUCACCUCAACUUUCAAAUCGAUUGGUGGCUGCCGCUCGUUCAGUAUUGAAUCGAUAUAUUCCUGACAUCUACAUUUAUACCGAUGUCUAUCGUGGUGCCGACAGCGGUAAAUCCCCUGGAUAUGCAUUAAGUUUACUGUCAACCUCUACAACUACCGUCCUACAUUCAGCAGAAGCGAUCUCGCAUCCAACCUCUACACCGGAAGACGUGGCCAUAUUGGCUUGUAGAAGGUUACUUGAACAGAUACGACGAGGAGGAUGUGUGGAUGAAGGAUUCGAGUGGUUAGCAGUUUUGUUUCUGUUGCUGAGUAAUCAGACAGAUGUAGGAAGAGUGAAGAUUGGGGGCCCUAUGAGUGAAGGGAUGGUGAUGUGGUUCAGAGACCUCAAAGACGUCUUUGGAGUUCAAUUCAAGAUUAAACAAAUUCCUCAAACAUGGGUUCCACAUGGAGAUGAAGAGGAAGAUGAAACGACAGAGAAACUUGUAGCUUCUGAUGAGUAUCUUGUAAGUGCAGUGGGCUUAGGAUGGAUCAAUACUGCCAAGUCUGCAAAGUGAAGGAUAAUGCAUAUAUUUUCUUGAGAUCUAUUUUGUUUG